GCUGGCCAGCUCUGGUAAAGCAUUCUGCUCUGAGUCUGCUGUCUAUCACAUAUCCAGCGUUGCUGUCUGAGACAUCAGUCGGUUCUACACUCCUCUGAAAGACUCCGGCCAUCUCGCCCCGUCUGUGGUCCUCGCUGAGUGGGACGGGAAGAGGAACGAAGAGAAGACUCUAAUCAGACGCCAUCAUAUUGCCCGGUGUUUCCAUGGAGCGAGUGCAGCACAUGACCAAGAAGGUGAUCCGCCGGGCCUCUCAGAUGGAGGUGACCCCACAGACCAAAAGGAACCUGCAGGAGCUGUUUGUUAACUUCACCCUCAUUCUGAUCUGUCUGCUCCUCAUUUACGUCAUCGUCUUGCUCAGCAGCUGAGAUAUCCUUUCAUGGCUGAAAUCACACCCAUCGAGGAAAACGGAGUACCACGAGCACCAGGCUGCUACCCCUCCAGAGAUGACAACUGUAGGCUGCAAACACAAAACACCAUCCUGACCAUCAACAUGUCAUACGACUAAAACUGAAAACUGCCAUUGACUCAGCAGUCGCUUACAGCAGAUUAUGGAAUAAAUAUGGCGGAUGCUGAGGGCUCAGGCUCCAUGGCUGAGUAAACAGGAAGAGCUUCCUGAAAUUCCCUCUUCCUUAAAAACAAUAAAUCAAUACUAAUCCUUGAUUACCAGUUUCUUGGAAACUUUGUUCAGACU